UCUCCUGAAGGCUGUCGCCCCGCUGUAGCCCAACCAUAGGGGUCGUACCAGAAUGUUGGCGGCUUUGGGCUGGCAGCUUUGGUAAGUCCCUUCUGAAUCUGAGUCCUUCCUCCAGCCGUCUUUUCAUUAGGAGUUGGGGCGCUAAGAAACAAAUUUCCUGCCGGAGACUGGAAGAAGCCGGAUUUCGGAACUAGCUCUGGGACCCACGCUGCGUCUCCCGGCCGCCUAGCAACCACCAACUUCCUCCUCCACCGGGCCAACUUCGAGAUCCUCUUCCGGGGCAGAGGUUGCCCCACUCUUCCCCUCUUCUCCUCCAAGAUGGCGAGCGGCGGCGGCGGCGGCGGCGGCGGGGUGUCGGUUCCUGCGCUGUGGAGUGAGGUGAACCGUUAUGGCCAGAACAGCGACUUCACUCGUGCCCUCAAGACCGUCAACAAGAUAUUGCAGAUCAACAAGGAUGAUGCAACUGCCCUGCACUGUAAAGUUGUUUGCCUUAUCCAGAAUGGAAGUUUCAAAGAAGCCUUGAAUGUCAUCAAUACUCACACCAAAGUGUUAGCCAAUAACUCACUCUCCUUUGAGAAGGCCUAUUGUGAGUACAGGCUGAACAGAAUUGAGAAUGCCUUGAAGACAAUAGAAAGUGCCAACCAGCAGACAGACAAACUAAAGGAGCUUUAUGGACAAGUGCUGUACCGCCUGGAACGCUACGACGAGUGCUUGGCCGUGUACAGGGAUCUUGUCCGGAACUCCCAAGAUGACUACGAUGAGGAGAGGAAAACAAACCUGUCGGCUGUCGUUGCAGCUCAAAGCAACUGGGGAAAAGUGGCUCCAGAACACUUGGGUCUCCAAGAAGGCACACAUGAGCUGUGUUACAAUGCUGCCUGCGCACUGAUAGGGCAAGGCCAACUGAACCAGGCAAUGAAAAUCCUACAAAAAGCUGAAGAUCUUUGUCGUCGUUCAUUUUCAGAAGAUUCUGAUGGGACUGAGGAAGACCCACAGGCAGAGCUGGCCAUCAUUCAUGGUCAGAUGGCCUACAUCCUGCAGCUUCAGGGUCGAACAGAGGAGGCUCUACAGCUUUACAAUCAGAUAAUAAAACUGAAGCCAACAGAUGUGGCGCUGCUUGCUGUAAUCGCAAAUAACAUCAUCACCAUUAACAAGGACCAAAAUGUCUUUGACUCCAAGAAGAAAGUGAAAUUAACCAAUGCCGAAGGAGUAGAGUUUAAGCUUUCAAAGAGACAACUGCAAGCCAUAGAGUUUAACAAAGCUUUGCUUGCUAUGUAUACAAACCAGGCAGAACAAUGCCGAAAAAUAUCUGCCAGCUUGCAGUCCCAGAGUCCUGAGCGUCUCCUGCCUGUGUUAAUCCAAGCUGCCCAGCUCUGUCGUGAAAAGCAACAUGCAAAGGCAAUAGAGCUGCUUCAGGAAUUUUCUGAUCAACAUCCAGAAAAUGCAGCUGAAAUCAAGCUUACUAUGGCACAGUUGAAAAUUUCCCAAGGUAUUAACUUUAAGUUCUUCGUUCAAUGGUGAAGUUCAACUGUUGUUUCAA